AUGGAGGAGGAGUAUGAAAUAACUAAAUAUUCACUGGAGCUAGAGGACUGGAGCUUGGGUGUCCCAAUUCCUACAUGUGAGCCCCAACCACGCCAUUACAGAGUAAUUUUACACCUCAUGGCGAACGCAGAGUGGGGAAAUCAAACAGUUCUCACAGAUUUCAUCCUGCUAGGAUUUGGGAAUCUCCCUGGGCUGCAAAUUCUUCUCUUCUUGUUGUUUCUUGUCAUCUACAUUGUGACAAUGGCUGGGAACAUCCUCAUUGUUGUGCUAGUUGUGGCUGAUCAGCAACUUCACACCCCAAUGUAUUUCUUCCUGGGGAAUUUGUCCUGCUUGGAGACCUGCUACACCUCCACCAUCCUGCCCAGGAUGUUGGCCAGUUUUCUUACUGGGGACAGAACCAUUUCUGUUAGCAGCUGCCUCACACAAUAUUAUUUCUUUGGGUUCCUGGCAGCUGCAGAGUGCUAUCUCCUGGCAGUGAUGUCUUAUGAUCGGUAUUUAGCAAUAUGCAAACCACUGCACUAUGCUGUCCUUAUGAAUGGCAGGUGCUGCCUCCAGCUAGCAGCUGGCACUUGGAUUAGUUGUUCUCUGGCUAUAGACAUAACAAUAUUUUUAAUGCAACAAUUAACUUUCUGCGGCCCCAAUGAAAUUGACCAUUUCUUCUGUGACUUCACCCCAGUAAUAAAACUCUCCUGCAGUGACACACGUAUGAUGGAGCUUAUCACUACCAUACUGGCUGCUAUAUGCACUCUCCCGCCAUAUCUAUUAACCCUGGCAACAUACGUCUGUAUCAUCACCACCAUCCUGCGAAUCCCUUCCACCUCUGGGAAGAGAAAAGCCUUUUCCACCUGCUCCUCUCACCUCAUCGUGGUGUCAAUUUUCUAUGGGACCAUAAUGAUUGUCUACAUGCUACCAAAAAUUGAUACACUGAGAGACCUGAACAAAGUGUUCUCCGUCUUCUACACAGUCCUGACUCCCAUGCUCAACCCGCUCAUAUACAGCCUGAGGAACAGAGAGGUCAAAGAGGCCUUGGGAAAAGUUGCCACUAAAUUCUCUGCUGUCAAAAGGAUUCAAACCUUCUUAUCAUAG